CUCAGCUCCCCACCGCCGGCUGCCGCCAACCGCUCCCCUCCCGAGGCAGAAGAUGGCUGAGCACAGCCUCCCUGCGCGAUGGAGGUAGUUGGUCGUCGGCGGAGCCGGCGUGUGGGGAGGGCUCCUUCCCGCUGUGCUGCAAAUCCUCCCGAGCUGCUGGUGGGGCAGGCGGCUCUGGCUCGGUGAGCGCAGGAGGCAUCUGCGCCAGCCUCACCUUUCGUGCUCGUUGCGGUUGGCUUCACUCGUCUUUCCUAUGGCUGGCAUAUACAGCUCUACUCUCAAGACCCUGGAGGAUUUAACUUUGGACUCUGGUUAUGGGGCAGGGGAUUCCUGCAGGUCCCUCAGUCUCUCUUCUUCCAAGUCCAACUCCCAAGCCUUCACCUCUUCUCAGCACAGAGGCAACUGGUGGUACUACUCGGGCUCCAUGAACAGUAGGAACAACAGCUGGGAUACUGUGAACACUGUCCUGCCGGAAGACCCCGAGGUUGCAGAGAUCUUUUCCAAGUGUCCUAAGCUGCCGGACCUAGAGGAAUAUCCUUGGACUGAUGAAGACAUUGGAAGAAUACUCAGAAAAGGGAAGGGAGAGGGCAGCAGCAGAGGCUUUUCUCAGGAAGCUGUCAGGCGGCUCUCGCAGGUCCUGCGGCGCGUCCUGAUCAGGGUCUCCAGGGAAGCGCAGCGCCUCAGCGUCAUGCAUUCCAAGUGCACCAGGUUCGAGGUGCAGAGCGCCAUCAAGCUCAUACAGAGCUGGUCCUUGUCGGAAAGCUGUGUCCUGGCGACUGUCAAAGCUCUCUCUCUCUACAGCAUGAGCGCGGGUGACGGACUGAGGAAAGGCAAAUCAGCUCGGUGUGGCCUCACCUUUUCAGUGGGGAGGUUUUUCAGGUGGAUGGUAGACACCAGGAUCUCGGUUAGGAUCCAUGAGUACGCAGCCAUCUCAUUAACUGCUUGCAUGGAAAACCUUGUAGAAGAGAUCAAGGCGAGGGUUUUGGCAAGUCAGAGCCCGGAUGGUGGAGGAGGGGAGAUCUCAGCUGAAGUCCUGGAGAUGGUUAUCAACAACGACGCAGAACUUUGGGGAGUGUUGCAGCCUUACGAGCAUCUCAUCUGUGGGAAAAAUGCUAACGGUGUGCUCUCUCUGCCUGCCUCCUUCAGCCCAUACAACGAUGGCUCUGUGGGCAGUGAUGGAAGGGCUGAUGCUUAUGCUCAGCUGGAACUCCGAACUUUGGAGCAAUCCCUGUUGGCAACUUGUGUUGGGAGCAUCUCGGAGCUGAGCGACUUGGUGUCGCGAGCCAUGCACCACAUGCAGUGCCUGAACACCCUCCGCCCAGGCAUGAGCCCCCUUCGGCAGCCCCGCCAGCAGCAGCCCAUCUCCUGGUCUCCUGAUGCUCUCCACACCCUCUACUACUUCCUGCGCUGUCCUCAGAUGGAGUCCAUGGAGAACCCCAACCUUGACCCUCCACGAAUGACCCUGAACAACGAACGACCCUUCAUGCUGCUGCCACCACUGAUGGAGUGGAUGAGGGUGGCCAUCACCUACGCGGAGCACCGGCGCAGUUUGACGGUGGACAGUGAUGACGUGAGGCAGACAGCCAGACUGCUCCUCCCUGGGCUGGACUGCGAGCCCAGGCAGCUCAAGCCUGAAUGCUGCUUCAGCUCCUUCCGGAGGCUGGAUGCUAAGGCUGCUACUGAGAAGUUCCAGCAGGACCUGGGAUUCCGGAUGCUGAACUGUGGCAGGACAGACCUGAUCAGCCAAGCCAUCGACGCCCUGGGCCCCGAGGGGGUGAACACCAUGGAUGAUCAGGGCAUGACCCCCCUCAUGUAUGCCUGUGCUGCUGGAGAUGAAGCCAUGGUGCAAAUGCUUAUAGAUGCUGGAGCAAAUUUAGAUAUAAAAGUUCCCAGUGCCUCUCCACGGCACCCUUCAGUCCACCCUGACAGCCGCCACUGGACUGCCCUCACCUUUGCUGUGCUGCACGGCCACAUCUCCGUCGUCCAGCUGCUCUUGGAUGCUGGUGCCCACGUGGAGGGCUCUGCUGUGAACAGUGGAGAGGACAACUAUGCUGAGACUCCUCUUCAGCUGGCUUCAGCAGCAGGGAACUAUGAGCUGGUCAGCCUGUUGCUCAGCAGGGGUGCUGACCCCCUGCUCAGCAUGCUGGAAGUCAAUGGGAUGUCCUCAUCGCUUCACGAAGAUAUGAACUGCUUCAGCCACUCGGCUGCACAUGGGCACAGGAACGUUCUGCGCAAGCUCCUGACCCAGCCCCAGCAGCUGAAGGAAGAUGUCCUCUCCCUGGAGGAGAUUUUAGCUGAGGGAGUGGAGAGUGACACCUCCAGCCAGGGCAGCUCCAGCGAGGGGCAGGUCAGGCUCUGCAAGACACGGAUGAAGGCCCUGCAGGAGGCCAUGUACUACAGUGCUGAGCAUGGCUACGUGGACAUCACCAUGGAGCUCAGGGCACUUGGGGUCCCAUGGAAGCUCCAUGUGUGGAUUGAGUCGCUGCGGACAACCUUCUACCAGUCUCGCUACUCAGUGGUGCAGACCCUGCUGAGGGAGUUUGUCACCAUUAAAGAGGAGGACUACAAUGAAGAGCUGGUCAGUGAAGGGCUGCAGCUCAUGUUUGACAUCCUCAAAACCAGCAAGAAUGAGUCCCUCAAUCAGCAGCUGGCAGCCAUCUUCACCCACUGCUACGGCAGCAGCCCCAUCCCCAGCAUUCCUGAGCUGCGCAAGGCGCUGCCGGCCCGGCUAGAUCCUCACUUCCUAAACAACAAAGAGAUGUCUGAUGUCACUUUCUUAGUGGAAGGGAAGCUGUUUUAUGCACACAAAGUCCUGCUGGUGACUGCAUCUAACAGGUUCAAGACACUGAUGACCAACAAAACAGACCAUGACAGCCAUGGCAGCAAGACUGUUGAAAUCAGUGAUAUGAAAUACAAUAUUUUCAAGAUGCUGAUGCAGUAUUUGUACUAUGGAGGAACAGAAUCCAUGGAAAUCCCCACCACUGAGAUCUUAGAGCUGCUGUCAGCUGCCAGCCUGUUUCAACUGGAUGGCCUCCAGAGACACUGUGAAAUCCUCUGUGCCCAGACCAUCAGCCUGGAGAACUCUGUUAACAUCUACAAAUAUGCAAAGAUUCACAACGCACCUGAACUGGCCUCUUUUUGUGAGGGCUUCUUCCUCAAGCACAUGAGCUCCCUGCUGGAGCAGGACUCCUUCAAACAGCUGAUCUACAGCAGGAACAGCAAAGUGCAAGGCCUGGACCCCCUGCGGGACCUGCAGACCGCCCUGGCCGGCCGCCUGCACUCUGUCUAUGUCACCUCCAGGGUGUGAGGCGGGAGGGAGGCAGCGGCAGCAGCGCUGGGUCAGCCUGCACGGGGAUGUGUCCUUGGGCAAAGCUCUGGCUUUCCUGUUUGCCUUCUGCAUCUUGCUGAAAAUCCCCUCCACCAGAUCCCCCCCCAGGCAAGGGUGCUGUGCCUCGCCCCACGGAGGGAGGGGAGCUCUGUGCUGCUCCUGUCACACAAACACUGCCGCAGCACAGCCAGCGACUGAGGAUGCAAGGCGAGGACCUGACCCGGAGCCCAGCGCUGCCCUUCCAACAGGCACAGGGCAAGGCUGCAGGGGAGUCAGGCAGUCCACCCGGACCCUGCCCCCAACACCUUGUCUUAAGCAUCUCUCUCCACACCACCACAGCCCCCCCAGCUCCUACUCACAGAUGUUUGACUUGGGAGGAGGGUGCUGGCCCCCUGCCCAUUCAGCAGCUCUGAACACAAAGGCUGCUGCACACACCAAGCCCUGUGCACGGCACAGACUUGGACACGAAUUUAUCCCCAACCUGUUUGCACACUGAGAGAGAGAGAGAGAUUGUGUGUAGGUGUUCAAAGCCAGGCAGAGACCAAUACUGACUCUGGCCUGCCUCUUUAAACCCAGCCUGAAGAACCCAGCUGGGGCAGGGAGGGGGAAAGUGCUUCUUUGUGUUUUUUUCCUAGGGUUUCACUGUGCUGGCUGUUAAUCUGCAUCCCUCUUGAGGAGGAAAGGGACAACUGCAAAGGUUUAUAGCCCCAACGACCUUCACCUGACAAAACAUGUUUCUGACCAUUACCUGUGAGACCCAACCCCAUGAAAGAUGCUUCCUAACAGACUCAGGUGUAGCAGGCACUAGCACUGUGCUCAAGCAGUGCCCAGUUGCAUAAAUAGCAAUAAGAAUCUCCUCUGGCCCCGAGGAACUCACAACCUGAAGGUUUGUUCUCUCUGGAGCUAGUUGGGAGUAGAAGCUCUGACCUCUAGUCUCCACCUCCACAUUCUCAUCCAUGGAAUGUUCCCACAGAUCUGCUACCUCAGGGGGGGCUGGGCAGAGCACACACCUGGCAGGUUCCUGGAGGCUGGCUGCAGUCUAACAUUUAGGCAGCAGCACUUGAAGAUGUCUCGCCUCAGAUGCCCAAGAGUCAGUUUUUGUCCCUUGUUCUCGGCAGAGAGGUGGUCCUGGGCCCAAAGGACUCAUUCUAGGCCUUCUUAGAGCUGCUUUAGAGCUAAAAGGAGAGAGUUCCAUCUCCGGGUUUGAGUCUGAAGCAGUGCUUUUGGGUGUGGUGUUCCAUUUGAGCUAAUCCCCGCUGCAGGGACGCAGUUACCUGUGUGAAAAACACAAACCUUGCUGCUGAGCAAGUUUCAAGGGAAGACCUUACCUGUUCCCACUGGUCUCUGUUGGCACCCACCACCAGCAGGAGCUGAGGCACCAUCAUUUGUUACAGGAGGGUGAUGGAGAGGAGGAAACCAGGUGGCCAGUGGAGAACUGCUGCGUGGAAAUUCAUUAAUGCUGGAACUAAACACACUGGAAGGAGGAGGCUCAGCUGGGCCCAGGCUCCAGAGCACCACAGACAGGGGUUAGGUAGAUGAAGGGAAGGAGAAGGAUCUACAGCAUCUCCCAAACAAAUCCAUCAAACCCUGACACUGCCUCAUUCCUAAAGGAUUUACUUGGGAGGCAAAUUGCAUGCAAGGGUGAGAAUGAUUAGUGCAGGCUCAGCAGGCUGGCAGGCAGGGGGGGGUCAGGGCAUGCUUCAGUCUGGGCUUGAGUCCACCUCCACUUCUGGAGAUCACCAGCUUCAAUAACUCUAUUUAUUACCAGCCAGCCAGAGAGGCCUUUCAGAACCAUCACUGGUUUGCCUGAGAACUACCACCAAGGCUUCAGCCUGGAAAGUACUUUGGAGUAGCUGCUCCAGCUCUGUACAAACACACAGGUCCUCUCGUGGUGCUGGAAUAUUCCACUGCUCUGUUAGUUGUACAUUAAUGUUGGCAUUUAUGUAAAUGUACCAGGAUUUUAUUAACAACCUAAUU